CCAAGCCAAGCAGAAACUUGUGAGUAACUUAUAGAGGAAAAACAAGUGCAGCGCAGGCAGGCACGCAGAGUUGCACGCUGCCCGGGCGCUGGCGAGAAGCGAUCACCAUGUUUUCAAAGAGAAACAAGACAGGGCUUUGCAGCCGGCUUCCUUCCUCGGAAACGCUGCUUAUCAAACGUGUGCGGAUCCGGCAGCGCGGAGGAAUGUAAAACGUGAAUUAAAGAAAAGCUGGUAACCAGCGGAGAAGAUACAAAAGCUAAAAUCACUAUGUGGAGCUGUGAAACCUUAAACAACAGGACCGAGAACAGUGAGGACCAGCAUCUCUGCCAUGACUUCCACCUUGUGCUUUCCAUCUUUUCCCUACUCUACCUCAUUAUAUGUUUCCCAAUUGGCCUUUGUUACAAUGGCUUGCUGGUCCUCGUUAAUCUCUAUAACAAAGCUACCAUGACUAUGCCAGAUGUUUACUUUGUCAACAUUGCCAUUGCUGGUCUCAUCAUCAACGCUCUGGCACCAAUGUACCUUCUAGGUCUUGCCAAUACAAAAUGGGCCAUCUGGAAUUCUAACAAUGAAGUUUAUAUUACCUUACUUAUUUUAUUCAACGUCUCGUCUUUAGUUACCAUGUACUCUACUACAUUACUCAGUCUGGACUACUACAUUGAACGUGCUCUACCUAGAACUUACAUGUCAAGUGUGUACAACACUAAACAUGUUUGUGGAUUCAUAUGGGGUGGUGCCAUGCUUACAAGUUUUUCAUCUCUCCUAUUCUACGUCUGCAAUCACGUAUCCACUAAAAUAAUUGAAUGUUCCAAGAUGCAGAACAAAGAAGCAGCAGAUGCCAUUAUGGUCUUUAUCGGGUAUGUUGUACCAGCUAUCGCUGUACUGUAUGCACUUACAUUAAUCUUGCGAAUACGCAAAGAGGCUACACCACUGGAUCAAGACACUGGACGAUUAGAUCCAUCAGUGCACAGGCUUUUGAUUGCCACAGUCUGUACACAGUUCACGUUAUGGACACCCUAUUAUGUUAUUCUCUUGGUAAGCACAUUUACUAAUGCACAAGGAAGAAUUGCAGAUGAAAAUUACAGUCGAAUAUUACAUUUUACCAAGAUUUUAUCAAAAUUCUUGGCUUUCUCAAGCAGCUUCGUAAUGCCGCUGCUCUACAGGUAUAUUAACAAAAACUUUCCCAACAAAUUACGACGUUUGCUUAAAAAGAUACACUGUGGGAAUCAAGGGUGUUCUCAUGAACGUACAGUAGUGCAGCAAGUUAUGACGUAGGUAUGAGAAAACCCUCUGGUGCUCUGUUACUGCAGUACUUAGCAUACCAGUACUGGGACUGCGAUAUUGCUGUGUUGGCGCUCAGAGUCAUUAAUGUGAGAGUCCCAACCAAGAGGCUAGAAGGAGCUUUCCAUUACAGUUAAAUGAAACAGUCUUAAUUUUCAAAUAGUUAAUUGUUUGCUGAAAUCUUGCGAGACUCUGACCUAUGUGCUGUAAUACCUGUGACAUCUAAUACGUUCAGUGCACUGAAUUGGUUACAAAGCAUAAACUCUGUCGUCUUUGUUCUAAUAGUCCUGUCUAAAGAAAUCACUAAGCAGUUUAUUGAAGUCUUGACUGAAGACGCAGCACCUUGUAUCUUGUAUAGAAAAAGGCAUUACCUUAUUUUCUGUACAAAGAAGUAACAGUGCUAACCUUGAUGAAGUAAAUAACAUUUUUCAAUGAAGACGAUAUAGAUGAUCUUUACUAAAGAUCAUGUUAUCCAGUUAUACACGUCCAAGUAGUAAAUGUUAAUUAUAAAUUAAAUUAUUUAAUUUCUUUCUCCAUCACGGAAUCCCCUCUAAAAAAAGCCUAAUUUACCAUUUUCAGAAAUUAUUUUCUCGCACAAACUAACCUAAGUUUUAAUGUUUAUGAUAAAUUGAUUUUUCUAGAUACAACAAUUAACAAAAAUGUGGUUUAUUUUUCCAGUGCUUUGUUUGCAUCCUAAAACAUUUCAAGAAUUCAGAAAUAUUUAUUAACUAAUUCUAAGGAACUGAGAGAUGUUUGUUCCGCAUAUUAAAAUGAAGGACACAGUGGUUUACAAAGUUAAAUCAAAACUUAAGUAGUAAAGAAUGUCUGGCUAAGUGUUAUGGUCCACAUAUGUUCAUGU